AUGUCUCUACCUCUUCGCAAGAUUGGAAGCACUCCGGUGACCGCCAUCGGUUACGGGUGCAUGGGCAUAUCUGCUUUCUACGGAAAGGCACUACCUGACGAGGAACGUCUCAAGAUCCUUGAUGCUGUAUACGAGAAUGGUUGUACGAUGUGGGAUACCGCCAAUAUAUACCAAGAUAGUGAAGAGCUCCUCGGAAAGUGGUUCAAGCGCACGGGCAAGCGGAAUGAGAUCUUCCUCGCGACCAAGUUCGGAAUCUUCCACUCUGGCGGCAGGACUAUCAACGGUGACCCGGACUAUGUUCCCCAGGCAUUUGCAACCUCGCUGAAGCGGCUUGGCGUUGACAAAGUUGAUCUCUACUAUCUGCAUCGCCCGGACCCGACUGUCCCUAUUGAGCGUACCGUUGGUGCCAUGGCCGAGCUCGUGAAAGCCGGCAAAGUGAGGUACCUCGGUCUCUCCGAGUGCUCCGCUGACACGUUGCGGCGCGCACACGCGGUGCACCCGAUCUCCGCACUUCAAGUCGAGUACUCGCCGUUCACGCUGGACAUCGAGGACGAGAAGAUCGGCCUGUUAAAGACGGCGCGCGAGCUGGGCGUCACCAUCAUUGCGUACUCUCCGCUUGGCCGUGGCCUCAUCACGGGCAAAUACCGGUCGCCCGACGACUUCGACGAGGACGACUUUCGGCGCAGGGUGCCGCGAUACUCUAAAGAGAAUUUCCCCAACAUCCUGAAGCUCGCGGACGGCCUCAAGAGGAUCGGGGACCGCCACGGGGCGACUGCGGGCCAAGUCUCGCUUGCAUGGCUCCUCGCGCAGGGCCCCGAUAUUAUUCCCAUCCCCGGCACCACUAAGAUCCCCUCACUGAAGGAGAAUUUGGGCGCGGCGAAGCUUACGCUGACGCCGGAGGAGGUCCAGGAGGUGCGGGAGAUUUCCAAGGACGCAAAUGCAUCAAACGGUCCUCGCUACCCCCCGGCAUUGGCGGCCGUCUUGUUUGCUGACACCCCGCCGCUGUGA